UGAUGAUCAGACUCUAAGCUUCGUAUUCGUACCCGGAAAACCCGACUAGGCUGCUCGGGGUGUCUGGCUCCGACUAUGAACGAUCGACAGUGUAAUUGCGGGGACAGCAGUGCCUGUCAAGCAGUUCCCCGACCCCAGACAAUGCCUAGAAGACAUCCAAUUAGUCGUCCGAACCCCCCUGCAUGCAAGUGACGAAACAUCUCGGGGUAUCAUUGCCCCCCGUUUCAUGCCGUUGCGGGGACCCUGCGUGACGAAAUGUUAUUUAUACCUGAUACAUCGCGACUCCCCAGAAUUUCGUAGACAAUCAUGGCUCUAUCAAUCUCGCAAGUCUCUUUCGAGCACCACCGCUCCGCUCUGGGGAUCGGGGAGCCGAGCCCUAGAAUCUCGUGGCGGUUCGAGGGCAACGUCUCCGACUGGCACCAGGGUGCCUAUGAGCUGGAGAUUAACCGAGGAGGCGAACCAAGCUCAUUCCAUGUAAACUCCUCGAACUCCGUUCUUGUUCCAUGGCCAGCGGACGAUUUGAAGUCUGGCGAGGAGGCCAUCGUCCGAGUCCGCUCUUUCGGCCGCCAAAACCAGCCCGACUCGUCCUGGUCUGAGCCCUUUGCUGUUGAGCCGGGUCUACUGAGCGAGGACGACUGGCAGGAUGCUGUUGCUAUUGCCUCGGAUAGAGAGACAGAGGUGAACAGCACGCACCGACCGAUCUACUUCCGCAAGGACUUCGCCGUGGAUAAGGAGGUUCUUUCGGCAAGACUGUAUAUCACCGCUCUGGGCCUGUACGAGGCUCAGUUGAACGGCCAGCGUGUCGGCGACCAUGUCCUUGCACCUGGCUGGCAGGCGUACAAUUUUCGUCACGAGUAUAACACCUACGAUGUCACGGACCUCCUGAGUCAGGGCCAGAAUACGAUUGGUGUUACCGUUGGGGAGGGCUGGUACUCCGGUGCGCUGACCUGGGAUUAUGUGCGAAAUGUCUACGGAGAUACCCUUGGUGUUUUGUCAUUGCUGGCGAUCAAGACUGCUGAUGGUGAGACAACUUAUAUACCCUCGGAUGGAACGUGGAAAUCGGCAACUGGGCCUAUUGUGUCGUCUCAGAUAUAUGAUGGAGAGUUCUACGACUCGACUCAAGAUAUUGCGGGUUGGUCCUCGCCGGAUUUCGAUGCUUCGGAAUGGUUGGGGACCCAUGAAGUCGACUUCGACAAGAGCGUUCUGGCUGCCCCAGAUGCACCGCCUGUUCGUCGCGUUGAAGAGAGACAGCUAGAGAACGUCUUCUCCAGUGCGUCGGGCAAGACGGUCCUCGAUUUUGGCCAGAACCUCGUUGGAUGGCUACGCGUUCGCGUUAAGGGUCCCAAGGGGAGCACUGUCACCUUUGUCCAUACCGAAGUCAUGGAAAACGGCGAAGUGGCCACCAGGCCUCUACGAAAUGCCAAAGCCACAGACAACAUCACCCUCUCCGGUGAAGAACAGGAAUGGGAGCCCUCCUUCACAUUCCACGGCUUCCGCUUCGUCCAGGUCGAGGGCUGGCCAGAGGAGACAGAACUGAACGCCGACUCUGUCACGGCCAUCGUGGUCAACACGGACAUGGAGCGGACUGGGUUCUUCAACUGCUCGAACCCUCUUCUGAACAAGCUUCACGAGAACAUCAUCUGGUCGAUGCGUGGCAAUUUCCUCUCUAUCCCGACUGACUGCCCGCAGCGUGAUGAGAGACUGGGCUGGACGGGGGAUAUCAAUGCCUUUUCGCGCACGGCGAAUUUCAUAUACAACACUGCUGGAUUCCUCCGUGGGUGGUUGAAGGACGUAUAUUCAGAGCAAGUGGCGAAUGACUUUAUCCCCCCAGUUGUAAUCCCACAAGUGGUGAUCGAGAAGAGGAACCAGGCAGCCGCAAUCUGGGGCGACGUCGUCGUCGCCGCCCCCUGGGCUCUGUUCCAAACAUUCGGAGACAAGGAUCUGCUCAGGGAGCAGUACGCCGGCGCCCAAGACUGGGUCGACAAGGGCAUCCCACGCAACGAAGAAGGGCUGUGGGAUCGCUCGAGCGACCAGUUCGGAGACUGGCUCGACCCCCUGGCACCACCUGAUGAGCCGGGCGAUGCGACGACGAGUGCGUUCCUGGUCGCAGAUGCGUACCUCAUUCACAGCACGGAGAUACUGGCCAAUAUGUCCUCGUCCCUGUCGCUGAAGGACAAUGCGGCUAGGUAUGCGCGGGAACGUGCGAAUCUCACGUCUGCGUUUGGGCAGAAUUGGAUCUCGAGUAAUGGGACUGUGGCGAAUGAGACGCAGACUGGGCUUACGCUGCCGCUGUAUUUCAAUUUAUUUACAGAGUCUUCGCACUACAGCAAUGCGAUUUCUCGGCUUACGGAUAUCAUUGCGGAGAAUGAGUAUAAAAUCGGGACUGGGUUUGCGGGGACACAUAUCCUCGGCCAUGCGCUGUCCCAGUACGGGGCCCCGGAUGUUUUUUACAAGACUCUGCUGCAGGAGGAAGUACCGGGCUGGUUGUUCCAGGUGAUCAUGAAUGGGACAACGACCUGGGAGCGGUGGGAUAGUAUGCUGGCGAACGGAAGCGUCAAUUCUGGCGAAAUGACCUCGUUCAACCACUACGCUGUUGGGUCCGUGGGGAGCUGGAUGCAUGAGAAUAUCGGUGGUUUGAGUCCUGCUGAGCCCGGGUGGAAGAGGUUUAAUGUUGAUGUCAAGCCUGGUGGUGGAUUGACGCAUGCUGAGGAGAGCUACUUGACCCCGUAUGGAUCUGCAGAGACGAAGUGGAGGGUUGAUGGAGGCAAGUUCAGCUUGUCUAUUAGGGUUCCGCCCAACACGGAGGCUGUUGUGAAUGUUCCUGGCAGUCCUACAGAUGGGAAGAAGAGGGUUGUAGUUGGCUCUGGUGUGCAUCGGUUUAGUAGUCGAGUGGACUAGGCCCCAUAGCAGUGUUCUCACAGGUAGCCAUUAUACCCAAUAUAUAUAUGCCCGGGUAAUCCAAUACCAGCUCGCCUAAUAUACGUAGAUGAAAUCCUCAUUCUUCAAAUCCGUCAUGUCCAAGAACCCCUUGUCCACCCCAGGGCUCUCCCCCUUCCCAGCAUCUUCCACUUCAGCAGCCUUGCUCGCCUGAAUCUUGUUCUUUCCAAGCAUGGACUCAUCGACAAUCUGUGCGGUCUUACCGAGUGCUUCUCGUUUCUUUGCGUGGCGCUUGUUGAGCCAGUAGAGGUAUACGUCCGCGAUAAUAGCAAUUAUAGCAACAAGGACAAACAUGAUCAGGUU